AUGUGCGCGGUUUUCCGCAGGCAGACCACUAAACAGUACCUCAUCGCAAAUCACCAUUUCACAACGGCUUUAUACAGACAAAUAGCAGCCAACAGAGAAGGAAAUUUUAUAGCGGGUCCUGCAACAUUAGGAUUCCUCUUCGGUCUAAUUCAAACAGCAGCCAGAGAUGAAACUGGUGUCGAAAUCAGAAAAGGCUUUGGCUUCCCCUUUCCUCCGAUAAAAAUAGAACAUGGCGUGACAGCUCUACUACCCCUUUUGAACAAAGAUGAUCUUUACACCCUGAAGGAAGGGAACAAGAUCUACUACAAGAACACUUUCGAAAUACGCGAAGAAUUUAAAAAAGCCGCUCAGGCUUUUGGUACAGAGUUAGAAAGUAUAGAUUUCAGGCUAGGAUCAGCUCCUGGUGUCGUAAACGGAUGGGUGGAAGAACGUACUCAAGGACAAGUUAUCAACUUGAUCAGUGGAGAAGAUCUGAAUGAACAAAUGCGAGCGAUUUGCGUUAGCGUUGUGCGUUUUAAAGGGAAGUGGGCGAGGCACUUCCAAGUACAUCAUACUAGGAAGCAGAAUUUCUAUAGGAGAGGAACGGAACUGAUUAAAGUGGACACUUUGGAGGAUACCACCUAUCACGGCUACUAUGAAAGUCGGCACCUACAUUGCAAGUUUGUGAAACUAGCGUUUGAAUCAGGCGACGUUACUUUUCACGUGGUACUGCCGGAUGAGAGAACUGGACUUGCUCUAAUUGAAGCCCAACUCGAAACUCUUUAUGAAAUCCCCUACCGCAGGCAGUGUGUUAGGGUCGUUUUACCGAAGUUCAAGCUAGAAGAUGUGAUAAAUGUAAAAGCGAUGCUUGAAAAGUUGGGUGUUAACAAAGUUUUUAGUGCUGAAGGCGAUCUGAGUGGAAUUGCAGGGGAAAGGGGAGAUUUUGUUAUUGAUAAAGUGUUUCAGAAGAAUAUUAUCGACCUAAAUGAACUUGGGGUGCAGCAUGAACCUCCGGCGCCACUUAGGGCUGGUGUUCCGUUGCCUGGAAGUUCUAAACCACAACCGAUACAGUUUAUAGCGGAACAUCCCUUCGUUUUCUUUUUAAAACAUGGGAAUCUCGUGGUGUUCGCUGGAAGAAUUGUGGAUCCCGAAAGUGUACAAUGUAAUAAUUGAUGUUUAACUAUUGGUUUAUUGUUUUGUCGGUACUACUUUUUUCUUUAAAUAAAAUAGAAUUAUCAAUGCUUU